AAGGCCAAAUUGACCAUUCAACUUACCAAAAGAGUAAAUAUCACAUCUGCAUUUUGCUACCAAUAUGGUCGUCCACGCUCGACAAAUGAUAACAAACAACACUCAAAAGAGUACGUAACAGCCUUUUCUCAGUUCCCACCUAAAAUUAAUUAACCAAAGCUGCCAUUAGUUUUGGGUGGUUGUGAGUAGCCUGUUCAGCUCCAUCUAAUCUAUCUCUUGUCCUUAUGACAUCCGAAUUUUGAGGGUAUUGAAUUGAGGUUAGAGAUGAAGCUAUUAUCAACGCGUAAACAGUACAAUCAUGUCUUUGUAAAGUUUGCAGUCUCUUUUCUCGUCAUAGUCAUAGGCCUUGCUUUCCGCUUCAUCGUCUCUGAUCCAUCUCCAUUUCUUCUUCAUCCAUGCUAUAGACACACCACCUCUUCUAGAAGCCAAGAUCAUGGUGACCCAGUCUCCUCCAAUGGCUUCUCUGCCCAUUCAGCCUCCAGUUUCAGAGGAAUUUCUCAACAAAACCACCAUGAUUCAGUCUCUUCAGGCUACCUUUACUGCAGGUGAAAUCCCUGGGACCAUGAAUUGCCAGGGUUCAAUUCAGAGAGGUUUUCUUCAUCUGAUGAACAAAUUUUGAAGCACAGAACCACAACUCAACACGCUAAUCCACCUGAGAUUCUCCUCUACAGAGACCUUGAUAUUCAUUAGUUAAUAAAAGCCCCAGGCAUGGUUAUCUUGUAGAUGGUAAUUGCUCUAUGUUACUCAGGCCUUGACCAUGGGAGCUAAAUUUUUGACACAAAUAUCCUAAGCAUGGAUCGCAAUUCAUGUGUGCU